AUGGCUUCAGCUGCAAGGGUUCAGGGAAAUUUUGCAGUCGCUCGUGAAUGUCUCAAAAAAGGUCGAUCUCUAGAUCUUCGUUCUACAAACGACUUCAAAUAUCAUCAAUUUAAGCUUAAUCUUAAGGAGUCCAUAACUACCUCUGAUUCCAAAAAACGAAUCGACAUUCUAUUGGCCAUGGCUGACGAAUUUGGAAAAAUGGAGGCAGAUUCUGAGUUCUUGUCAUUUUUAAAGAUUUCCGAUGUAAAAAUUAAAAUGAAAUGCCGAAUUAUUGAGAGUGAAACAUAUUCCCUUCUGACGGCUGAAUUUGACAAACCCGAAUCUACUACGAGUUACCCUUCUCUCAAAGGUCGUAAGCAAAGUUUUAUGGAGUACGGAUUUGAUCUUUUGAAUAACAUUUCCGAAAAAGCAGUGCUGCACCUUAAAUCUUCUAAUCAAGCCAAGGUCUUUGUUAAAUUUGCGAAAUUCUGUGAUCAUUUUCUUCGUUCUUUGGAAUCCAACGAUGACUUACAUAAUGUGACCUUUGAUAAAGACCAGUAUGCAUCCACCGUUAUACAGAACAUUUUACAAGCAAUAGAUUAUGGAUCCAAAGAAGCUUUGGAAUUCUUUCCACGAUUGCUUCAAAUAAUUGACAUUUAUGAGCGAUCUCAAAGAACUUUUGAAGAGAAGGUAAAAUCAUUCGGGCCUGUGUGGAGGUUUAUUCGGUGGAUCCCACAAAUUGUAGCGGUUUUGGAUAAGCCCACCGCCCAAUGCGUUUUCCCAAUACUUUUCGAGCUCUCGAGAUUAUAUCCGAAGAGCUUAUACUACCCCUUGAAAAUUAGCAGCGAUCAUUAUAAAUUUGAUGAGAGAAACAGAGCCGUACGGGAAAAUAAAAACAAAAUUCAGCAAUUAAAGCAAAUAAUUAAGAGUGAUGUGAUAGACACCCUGAUAGGAGAACUUGAGAGACUCACCAAUCCAGAAACUGUUUUUUACGGUUGGUGCGUAAGAAUCAAUGCCUACAUCAGGGAAAUGACCAACGGUAUAGAUCGGUCUGAGGAUAUAAAGGCAUCAUUCAGAGAAAUGAAAGCAUUUUUAGAAUUUGCCGAAAGUCAUUCUGGUUAUAUCAAUAAAACCUGCGGCACUGACGGAAUAAAUUUAACCAAAAUGAAUAAUCAAAAAUUCCGGGAAGUAAUUUGGAGUUAUUAUGAGAAAUCCAUUAAACCGAUGGAGAGGAAGAUACUUGGAGUCAGCCUGUUGAAAUUUUAUUCUGCAUGGCUUGCCGAGUUUUCUUCGUCAAAUAUAGAUGAGGAUAUCGAAAUUCCAGGUCAAUAUGAUGGGCUAACUAUUCCAGACCCAACUCGUCACGUCAAGAUCGCACAUUUCGAUCCCAAACUGCUUGUGUUACGAUCAAUGAGAAAGCCCAAGAAAAUAACUAUCCUGGGAACGGAUGGUAAUGAGUAUCCGUUUCUGGUAAAGGGGGGUGAAGACCUACGACUGGAUCAAAGGGUUCAACUGCUGUUCACCGUCAUGAAUGAAUUGAUGCGCAAAGAUUUUUAUUGCUCCCAGCGAAAAAUAGCGUUAAGAACAUACAAGGUUGUACCUAUGACCGGUAGUCUAGGAAUAAUAGAGUGGAUACCCGAUACCGAACCACUUAAACAGAUCAUCGAAAAAGAACUCUUUAAUCAAAAUACCAUUUGUGAUAGUCAGUAUGAGCAUGAUAAUUGGGUGAAGGAUAACUAUCAAAGUUACCCCAAAAUGUUUACGAAAGUAAGCCGUGAAGAGGUCGUUAAGCACAUGAUGAAACUUCAAAGUAUGAUCAAUGGAAAUUCUCUCAAAAAAGCAUUGUACAAGCUUGCGGCUUCACCAGAAGUUCACUUGUCUAUUCGUGCGGAGUUCGUAAAAAACCUUGCUGCCAUAAACGUUUGGAUCGGAGAUCGGCAUAUGGAAAAUUAUCUAAUUGAUUUUACAAAUGGCUCCCUAAUUUCAAUUGAUUUUGGUCACGCCUUUGGGUCUGCAACGGAGACACUUGAAGUUCCAGAAUUAGUUCCUUUUAGACUUACCAGGCAAAUAGAAUCUUUAAUGGAGCCUUUAGGUUCCAAAGGUCUUUUAGAAUACCCAAUGAUCAAAAUAAUGCAGAUCAUGCAUGCGAAUAAAGAUAUAUUGUUAAAUUCCAUGGAGAUCUUUGUCAAAGAACCUUUAUUGGAUUGGCAAAUAAGAGCAAGAAGAAAAGCCAAUAAUCAAAAAAAUCCAGAAAGCAGUGAAAUCGAUAAUGAAAAGGCACGUACAGCAGAAUGGUAUCCACGUCAAAAGUUGGAUAUCGCUCAACGUAAACUUAGCGGCGAAAAUCCUGCAUACAUCAUCUGCGAAGAAUUGUUGGCCGGGCAUUCGAACAAAAUUUUUAUAAAACACAUUCAAUCCAUAGCCAAGGGAAGUCCCGAGCAUAAUGUCAGGGCCCGUAUACCACGAAAAUGUAGUAGUGUCAAGGAACAGGUUGAAAGUUUGAUUGACCUCGCAACGGAUCCUUUUGUACUCGGUGUAAUGUACGUGGGUUGGAUUAGCUGGGUGUAG